AUGGCAGAGAACGCAGAAUAUUCCCUACAGGAGAUCAAACGAUCGUACACUCCGACAUCGAACAACGCGGACAAGGGCAUCCUGGAGCUGCUCGUCAAGAUCUACCUAGCCGGUAAGAUGACCAACGGCUACCUGGCCAGCCUCAACGUCGGCGAUGAGGUUCACAUCCGAGGCCCCAGGGGAGGCGUGCGGUAUUCGCAGCACUUGUACAAGAAGCUGGGCAUGGUGGCUGGCAGAACGGGCAUCACGCCCAUGUUCCAGAUCAUCCGCGCCGUCUGCGAAAGCGACCGCGACACCACGCAGAUCAGCCUCAUCUACGCCAACCGGGCAGAAGAGGAUACUAUUCUGGGGCAGGAGCUGGAUGCCUUUGCCAUGCGGUAUCGAAGGAUCUUGGAGGUGUACUAUAUCCUUGAGAGUCAUUCCCCUGAGUGGACGUUUGGAUCAGGUUCUGUGACGAAGGAGACGAUGGCUGAUAGGCUCCCCUCACCGGGUGAGGAUGGAAGCAAGGUUCUGGUCUGUGGGCCACCGGGCAUGGUUGCCGCGGCGAAGACCUCGUUGGUGAGCUUAGGGUAUAAAAAGCCAGGAGCAAGCGGAAAGAUGAGCGACGAAAUCUUUUUGUUCUGA